AUGUUAUUCUACGCUCCACGGUGGUUAUGGAAGUCAUGGGAAGGAGGAAAAAUCCGGGCCCUUAUGAUGGACCUGGACGUAGGUGUGUGCACCGAGAUAGAGAAGAAGACGAAGAAGAAAUUGAUACUGGAUUAUCUGUGGGAGAACCUGCGCUACCACAAUUGGUGGGCCUACCGUUAUUAUCUGUGCGAAGGGCUCGCUCUUGUCAAUGUUAUUGGGCAAAUGUUCCUUAUGAACCGCUUCUUUGACGGCGAGUUCAUGACUUUUGGGCUAGAUGUGAUAGCCUACAUGGAAUCUGAUCAGGAGGACAGGAUUGAUCCGAUGAUUUAUAUAUUUCCUAGAAUGGUAAAAUGCACAUUAUUCAACAAAUUCGGUUCGUCGGGCGAGGUUGAGCGCCACGACGCGCUCUGCAUUCUGCCGCUGAACGUUGUCAACGAGAAGAUCUACGUGUUCCUCUGGUUUUGGUUCGUCAUCCUCGGCAUCCUCACAUUAAUCACACUCAUCUACAGAAUCGUCAUCAUCUUCUCCCCUCGCAUGCGCGUUUACAUGAUGAGAAUGAGAUUCAGACUCGUCAGACGAGACAAUGUAGACACGAUCGUGCGCCGGAGCAAGAUGGGGGAUUGGUAUCUCUUAUACAUACUCGGGGAGAACCUCGACUCGGUCAUAUUCAGGGAUAUCAUGAAUGAGUUCGCAAACAAAUUAAAUCACAACUAUCAACAUCAUAUCCACGGUGUUCCUGACGCGUGA